GAGAGAGAGCGAGAGAGAGAGAGAGAGAGAGAGAGAGAGAGAGAGUGUGUGUGUGAGAGAGAGAGAUGUACAAUAGUCUGCCAAUACAGAUUUAUCUCUUCUGCUCUAAUUCACUGGCAACAUAAUAGUCCAGGUCGAUAUAUCCUUCCUCUCUCUCUGCCCCUUUCUCCUCACUCUCUACGUCUCUCCACCACACACACAUACACGCGCGGCAACAGUCAGCUUGUAUGCGUCCCUCCUCGCGCCAUCGGGUGGCCGCCUGGCUGCUCGCGCUGCCGUUGGGGACAGGUGGAGAGGAAUGCGCGCGCCGCGGCCGCCUGGAGAUGAUCUCGUUUUGGCUGCUGUGCUGGAAGCUGUUGAGAGCCACAGCCGGGCUAAGGAGGACAACAGCUGAGCUACCAGACGGUAACCACGACAACGGUAGCUCCUGCAACAAUAACCCUGUCAACGACUCUCCCACUCCAAUACAGCCAACAGUUCGAGUUACCAUGGAGAUCAGCUCAUCGCCACCGCUAACAGACGUGGAAAGAGAAAACUUGGUUAGAUGGCGCAGCCAGGAAGUAGAGGAACUCCAUUACCAAGAGGUCCAUGAGGUGCAACAGCUAAUCAGGGAUGAGCAGGAGGAAGAAGAGACUGCAGAGGAAGAAAAUGGAAAAAGAGAUGGAGAUGAGUGUGACUAUCUUGUUUUUGAGAUAGGAGAGCUGAAGGGAAAGGAGGAAGGAGGUGAAAGUGAAAGAGGACAAGACACACAGCGAGGAACAGAGGAGGGAGAAGAUGGAAGAAGAGGAGAAACAGAAGGAGAGGAUGAAGGGAGAGUAGAAAUAGUGGUAGAAGAAGAAGGAAGAGGAGAAACAGAGAGCGAAGAUUGGGGGAGAAGAGAAAUAGAGAGAGAAGAUGAAGGGGGAGAAAAAAUAGAGCGUGAGGACAAAGGGAGUGGAGAAACAGAGGGGGAAGGUGGAGGAAGAGGAUACACAAAAGAAGAGGACGGAUGGAUAGGAAAGACAGUGGGAGAAAUGAAAGACGAUUAUCUGUCAGACCUCCUCUUCAUAUCUGACAGUACAGUGUGUUCCUCAUCAUCAGAGACCCCAAUUGUCACCUCAGAUGCUUCAGAGCAGCCUGCAGUGGCCAUGUUGCAGGAUGCCUGGGUUCACGACCUCUGCAACAGAGAUGACCUUAGUGACGGUCACCUUAGUGACUGCCUCCAAGCUGAGCUGGCUAUUGUGUACUCUGACAGCGACGCAGGGGAAGACCAAUGGGCAGCCUUUGCGCCCUGUGAUGUCACCAAUCAGGAAGAAGCAGGUGGAGCGAUUCAUGAUAGCAUCUGUGAUGGAGAGAGCAAGGAAGAGGAGAGAGGAGGAAAAGAUGAGGAGAGAGGGAAGGAAGAGGAUCAGGCAGAAGUGAAGACUGGAACAGAGGAGCAGAUAGAGGAGGAAGUAAAGGAGGAGCAAGAGGAGAGGAGGGGAAGCAGGGAUGAUGAUGUAGAGCAGAUGAGGUCAAGGAGAGAUCUUUUCCUGCGGUCUCCUUCUGUCAGCUCCACAGCCAGCUCCACAGAACCCGACAGGAAGGUUCCUGUAGAUUUCCGUGUCCACCAGGAGACGCACAGUGAAAAUGUCUCAACUGAGCAUGUGGACUUUCUGUUGGCCCGCCAGCAGUGGAGGAAGAUGGAGGAAGAGGUCAAAGGUCAGCCAAUUCCCAAACCAGGGCUCAGAGCUCAGGGGAGCUUCCAGGGCACCCACACUUCACUGUACCCCCCUACUCGCAGCCCUCGACUCAAACACAGGGAGAUCCAUCCACCAGUGCCCAGGGAGCCCACACUGUCCUCCACCCUGUCCCCCAGUUCAGAGGACUCAGGCCUGGAUGACUCGUCAUACCGUAGCCCCCUGGAGGAGCCAGAGACUGCGGUGGAGAGAGAGAUCCGACUGACUCUGGAGAGAGAGGAACGGCACCGCAGGGAGAGGGGGAUGAUUGCACAGAGCCUGACUAUACGCAGACCAUCUACCCUGCAGACAGGACGAUCUCCACCCAGACCUCCAGCCUGCCGCACCCCUACCCUGUCCAUCUCCCCAUCCCCUUCCUGCUCCUCUUCCCUUCCCCGGUCUGUCUACCAUGAAAUGACAGCCAAUAAUGUCAUUAUCUUGGAGCCCGACUGCGCCAGUUCAGCCUCCAGGAACCGCCUACUCUCCUCUGCCAUCGGGGGCCUCUCCGAUUGGCCAACAAGCCUGGAUGCGGUGCCUUCUGCCAAUGUCAUCGUCGUGGAAACCUCCAAUCUGAUCAUUCGCAGUGCUUCCGAGUUCUGCCUAAGCUCCGCCCCUGCGUCCAUGGAAACGCAGGAGAGCACUUUCUCGUCCAAUCCAUUUUUUAAGCUACGCUCCCUCAGCAGCCAGUCGUUAGUGGAGCAAGAGAUCCGCAUGGUGAGGCAGAGGGAGGACGAGUGGAGGAGGCAGAGGGAGGAGAUGUGGAGGAGGGGGAGAGAGGAGGAGUGGAGGAGAGGGAGAGAGAGGUACGAUACUGUGCUGGUGUCUCCGGGCCUGAACGAUAACAUCAGUUACAGCGUGCCAGAGGUUCCAGACAGAUGUGUCUCCUCCCCUUCGUCCCCCUCUAGGACCCGGAAAAUGGAACGAUCCAGUUUGUCUUGUGACCACAAGUUGGACUGAUUAAUUUUUUAAUCCAUUAGUUCACAAUUUAGCAAAAAAGUAUUCAUUAUUUGGGUCAUUUUUUCAUCUACCCAUCACUCUUGCAUCCAUCUAUCCCAUCCUCUGUUCAUUUCUCUUUUGCCCCAUCCAUCAAUCACCCAUCCAUCUGAUAAUCCAUCCAACCAUGAAACUAUCCAUCCAUCCAUCCAUCUUGGCUCCAGUGGUUUAGCUGAAUCUCCCCUCCCUCCAGUUCCCCCCUUCCCUCUCGUCAGUGCCACGACGACAGAACACCAUGGCGCAGCGAUGGGAGGCCUCCCUAUUAGCCAAUCAGAAGAAGGAGUGAGCAACAACAGCGCUCAACUGUCAGCCAUUUAAAAGCCUAAAUGAAAUCUUAUGCCUCUGUUUCUUCCUCCUUCUGUCCAGAAAACCCAUACAAUCCUGUUUGUCAGCAGCCAUUGUCUACUGCAAUGUUCGUCAAAACUAUGGGUUAGAACCAGUGGGUCACAAAUCUGUUUUCUGUGGGAUGCCACAUGAGAAAAGGACUGUUCUUCAGUAAGCUUGGUUUCAAAGAUUAAGAUAAUUUACGUAGUUUGGGUUUCUAUAAUGUUUUAAUGGAUGGAAAAGUCGAGAAGUCCUACUUUCAAAGUCAAACUGGUCUUUUGCACAAUGUUUGAAACAGUAUGACUGUAUGACACAAUGGAACGUUUUCCUUAUAUAUAAUAACUUUUGUUGACUUCUAAGGCACAUCCCCAGGAAGUGUAUCACAAUAACAAGUGAGUAUACAUUGCAAUCAUAAUAAUACCACAGUUUUUGACAUGUGGCCUAUGUUUUAUGUCAAAUUUGGAAGCACUUGUCAAAAUCAGCGCUAUUGUCCUUUUAAUAUUUAAUAUUUACAGCACUUUGAUUUCUAGAUGUUAAUUAAUUAUGGUAAGCCUACUAGUACAGCUGUUUAUUGAUAGGCUAUUUAUUGAUUUUAUGAAUAUGACUGAAUAUGUAAUGCAGUGAUUUUCACAUUUUUUCUGGGCAAUCACAUAAUUUAAGAUAUUAACUUAGUCUAUAUAUUUUAAAGUGACUAACAGCAUAUGAUGUUCAUUUUAAAAUAUUGUAGCUAUGAAGGUAAAGAGAAGGUAUAUGCAAAAAUUAUUUAGCAUGUUGUGUUCAAUUCAUGUAUUUAAAUGUGCCAACCCAGACUUUGAAAAUCACUGCCUUAGUGGAAUGUUAUAAUGAGCCAUUGAUCAAAAGAGUUUGGAUGUCCCAGGUUUCUGUGUCAGCCAUGUUGGCUAAACAGUGCUAGCUGCUAACUGAUUCCAUUUGGGUCACAGUUGCACAGACUAGCUUUUGCCUCUUCUUUGGAUGAGGUCAGUUGUAACCUUCAUCAGAAUGGAAUGCAAGGCGUACGUAGGGUUGCCACCAUCAGUGUGGAAAAAUACACCUUGCCAGUGGCAACAUUUUGAGUGUCAGACACUUCAUUUCCUGCAUUCUGGUGAAUUUUUAUGCACCCAUUUGUGCUUUUUAUGCAUACAUUUCAAACUCUUCUGCUGCUCUCAACAUGAAUGUAAAGGAAAUAAAGAGUCAGUAAGAGUAUUUGUAGGCAUCAUAAAAUAAAUCUCAUUUUAACCAUCAGUCCAAAACCUCUCAUAGAGGAUGGGGUAGUCUAGACUGGCAGAUUAAUGUCCACCAAGUGGGUUAUUGGUUAAAUUUAUCUCUCACACACACGCUCGUACGUGCGGAGGGGGCACUGCUUACAUCCUGAGAACUGUCAACUUGUUAAUCUGGGAGAAUGCACGGCGUAGCUAACUAUCACAUGAUGACUCUUAAUACAGUACGAUCUCAUAACAACAGUACACACAUUAACCAACAACAACUUACUCUGGAGAAGUCUGUGGUAUCAUGAAUUGAGUGAUUUCACUCUGCGUCCUCUGCCCUGCGCUGUUCGGGCAGCUCGAGUCUCUGUAACGAUGGGCAACGAUGACAUGUGUGACAUUCUAGGUGUCAUUCUUUUCCACAAAUUCUGAUUUAAUACUUCUCUGCUAUGUCUUGUGAAACUUUUUUGGUUUUAUUAUUUCUCAUGUCAUUCCAAGUAUGUGAAAACAUAGUGUAUGCAUUAGUGUAGAUUAGGUGUUAAAAUAUGGGACAAAUCGCGUACCGUAUUGAUUCAAUAACUUAAUAUUUCAAUACGGGUAAUCCUGUAUUAUACGGGACGGGUGGCAACCCUCGUACAGCAUUUAACUUUUGUCAGCUAGCUACCAAAUAUAACAUUAGUUUUGGUUAGCUCUGUUUGCUACACUCCAUCAUACAAUUGUAACGUGCCCAGAAACAUAAUAAUCUGACAAGUGGAAGUAGUCAUUUUUCAAGGCAGCACCCAUUGGCUUCUGAAGAAACAUGUGAAUACAGGCUCUGAUGUUGCAUCAAACAUUUAACACAACGGGUGGAAGUGAGGCUACAAAAACAGCGCUAUUAAAAAAACUGAAGAAAAGUCAGUGUUUGUGCAAGUUAAAAAUGUCACCACAAAAUCUGCACUUAUCCUGUGGAAUGAUGUACUUCAUUAACGUACCAAGAUAAGCAAAAAAGGAGAGAAACCUGUUUCAGCUGACACACACAGGGACACUCCACACAGUCAGUGCGUACAUUGCUAGCUAGCUAGCUUACAACUAACAUCUCUAGAGUUGUUACAUUAGCAUUUUGGGCCGAAUGAACAGACUGUAAAAACACUCCAGCUGUCAAAUUUAUGUGAACUCAAAGUGAACAUUCACAUUCAGUCUGAACAUACUUUUAAAUUUAAUUUUAUGCAUGUCAUAUUUGCAGCCAAAAUGUUUUAGCUUUAGAAGCGUUAUCAUGGUAUAGUCCAGACAAAUAUUGAUACAACCUAGCCAAACUCUAUUUAUAUGUGGCUCUACAGUUUUAGUAAAAUAAUUUGAGCACUUCUGAACAAAUCAGAUAUUCUAAUCCUAAAAUCUAGUGAAGAUUUUUACAUAUUUUUAUGUCCUGUCCUGAUUCCUAAAAAGAGAGAUUUAUUGUAUUGUAUUUUUGCUGCAUAUAUUUAUGGAUUGAGCAAUGCUAUAAAUCCUUAAAGCUUUUAUUUAUAAGAGGUUUAUAAUAUAUUGUGUCCGAAUGACUAUUUGAAAUUGUCUGCCAUGUUUUUUAGGAGAAGAAUUUUUUGUGUGUAUGAGUGUAUGUUUUAUAGUAAUACAUCCUCUAUACAUCAGUUAGUCAGAGCUUACUUUAGUUGGGCAUAUAUAGCUCAAGAAAGAGCUCACUCACUGGUUUCCAAUAAACUCAACUUGACUCAGCUGUGGAAUAAAGGUGCAUUCAAGUCAAAUCAGAAAUGAGAUGAUUUUAACUGCCAGGGUGAAAUAAUACCAGGUGAGUGGAAUGCUAACAGCAGCAGUUUCAGUUUAGCAUCACUAUAUUUUGAUUGCGCUAUAAGUUGUAAUGUGUUUGAACUACUGUGUUACAGUAUAAAAUAUAGCUACUACAAAGGAUCAAACUACCUAGGUAGCUAACUACAUUUGAGCUGUGAGUCACAGUGCAACCUGAAGCUGUGUCAUAUGAUGUGGUCCAUAUUUUCUGCCAUAAAUGUUGAGAGGCUAGGUUUGAAUUUUUUCAAGUCUAUCUUAAUACAAUACUACAUUUCAUAUGUACAUUGAAAGAGUUAUUGGUCGCUAUUUUCCGCCUCUUCAUACUGGCUGUAAAAUGAACCGGCUCUAGGUCAGUUACACUGUAGGAGGCGAGGCACAAAAUAGUCCUAAUUCUGUGAAAAAAAUGCUUUCCAAAGUUUAGUUGAAGUUAAUGAGAAUUCAGCAGCCUGAGUUAGCCAAAACAAGUAGCUACAGUAUCUUUGUCCAGACAUGGGUGUGUAGGUAGUUGUGUUUUUAUUGCUUUUCCUUCUUACAGAAUUUUGCGCAAUGGUAAAACCUUCAGAGUUGUGUUGUUUCUUCUGAAAUUUUGCUGUCAGAAAUGAGUGUUAGACCAAUGGAAUCCAUGUCCUUUGAUUGACGUUGCAAGAUCGACGGCGAGGCAAUAGCAUGAGUUUGUCAUGGUUUCUCAAACUAUAUAGUCCACAUCUUAUUUAGUGAAUUAUCUGACCCAUAAAACAAAAGAUGUUUGAUAAAAAUGAAUUAGAAUUUUCGUUCAUACUGUGUAUACAACAACGAUUAAGUGGCCCUCAAAUAUACGCUCAGUCGCUGCUAGAGCUUGGACCAUUGCUGACCAGAUGCAUGAAAAGAAAAAAUAGAACACAAAGAAGUCUACUGUUUUGUCUCAGACUUGAUGUAUACUGUUCCUGUGCAAAAUCUAUACAUAAGAUCACAGAGGCCAAACUUUUGAAACAGACUCUGUCCUAUCACCUAACUACACGCAAAGUAUAUUUAAUUCUAGAUUAUAACUCUGGAAGAUAUCCACUUGCUUGGCUAACUCAAAUUGCUGAAGCUUCAUAUUAGCUUUAGAAUGUAUUUUUGUACAGAAUGUUUUUUGUCCCCUAUCUCUUCUAUUGUAGUCACACGAGGAAAGGAUCCCUUCAGGGCCAGUAUGGAGAUGAGUAAUGAUUACAGCGAACAAUAACUGUUUCAGUGUACAUAUCGCAUGUGACUAUUGUAGACUUGAAAAAAUAUGAACAUAUCCUUUAAGAACAAAAGUCUUGGAGCUGUUAUGUUAUGAGAUUCUGAGAUGUAUUGAAUGCACAAUAAUAACUGCUCUGUCAGGUUUAAAGUUCAGCAUGCCAUUAUGUUAUUGUGGUAGAUAUACUGUAUGAUAGCAUAUAUUACACACAACUGUACACUCAGUGUUUGCCCUGUGAUUUCAUUGCAUUUGGGGUGUUGUAUCCAUAUCCAUACCUGCUUUGGUUCCUGUUUUUCAUGUCAACGUAAAUUAAUCUAAGAUACUUUAUUACUCCACAACACUACUUUUAGUUUUUAGACAAAAGUGCAUUUAGUUAUAAAAGAUUUUUUUUUUUUUUUAACAUUUCUGAUUCUCUCUUGUUAGGUGUGGUAGUGUUCAGGCCACUUGUCAAUGAAUACAGAGGUAACACUGGGUGACACCUCACACUACUUGCUUGAAUAUUCUGUAUGGACUCAUAAACCGUCCUGAAUAUUACAACUUUUCCUCACUAGUGUCAUUUAUUCUGGUUCUGUUUUUUUCUGUUUAUUUGCCUUGAGUUUCAGUCAUUUAUUAUUGCCAAAUGAAAGGUCUGGUGAUGACAUCUUCAAUAAAGCGUGUGACUCCUGAAA